CUAGCAUCUGCAGCCGCAUCAAAUAACGGAGACUCUUCAAACCCCAAUAAUUUACCAAGACGUACAGGAUCGUUGGUCAGACCUGAAAGAAGCAGAAUCGAUUCACAACAUCCACAAUAUCAUACACGAAAAAGAGUUUUAAACAACGAAGAUUACUAUACUCCAGCUGGCGACCGAUCAGCACCUGCAAGGCGUUCAGUAAUAAGAAGAGGGUUAUUAGGGGUUGAAGACGAUGAUAGACAGCAUCAAUCCAACAUUGAGUACACAACUAAUAAAACAUCUAAUUCGUGCGAUACUUGGAAAGCGUUUUGCUACCUUGUAACGUGCUGUUGUCCUCCCCCUAUUCUUAAAGCCAUGGGCAAAAAAGACCAAAGUGCACAGAUGGCUUAUCGAGAAAAGAUCGGCCUCGUUGUAAUUAUCUUGGGCAUUAUGGCUUUUGUGGGGUUCUUAACAUUUGGAUUUACACAAGUGGUUUGUCCCAGACCACCACUUAGUUUUCGUGUAGAAUCGAUUACCAGCGGAUAUGUUAUUAUUCAUGGCUGGGCAUACCUUUUAGCUUCUUGGAACGGACACCCUGCCAUUCCUGGCAUCACCGACAAACAGACGAACGUUAUCUACGAGCCAAUUAAUGCUGGAGGAAAAGAUGCCUCGUUUCUUUUUCAAAAUAUAAAUCAGAAUUGUGCGUCCAUUAUUAUGCCAAAGAAUCUAGGCGCCGUCAUCGGAAAAGGGGAUACUCCUUCUUAUUUUCCCUGCCAACUUAUAGAUUAUACUACUCCACCACCUAGUGCAUCUACCUACUCUAAUCAGUCUGCAUGUCACUUAAACCCUCAAACUCACACCACUUUUGAUACUAUGAAAGCCAACGGCAUUUUAAAUUCAAAUGGAAAUUACGAUAAAUCAGGAAGAGUUUAUUAUGACUGGACUGACGUUAAUUCUACCACACAUUUAGCUGUAUUUAACAGCUAUGUAUUAAACUUAAAUUUACUACAGUCAAUACCUCAGUCUGUAUUUACAUUUCCAGCAGAUGGUCUUAUUCAAUCCAUGGUGCAAAAUUCAUCUCUUUACGGCGGCCAAGAUAUUACUCAUAUCAUUGCAACACAUCGAACGUUAAGUAAACAAUGGAAAUCAGAAGCCCAAUGUCUACUCGAUAUUAUCAAAGUGGGCGAAAUUGAUACCAAAAGUUUUGGCUGUAUUGCUUCCGAUGUAGUGCUAUAUACAUCGCUGAUUGUUAUUCUUGGCGUGAUUCUGGUUAAAUUCGGUCUUGCUGUUGUUUUUGGUUGGUUCCUAUCUUGGAAGCUAGGCAACUUUAAGAAAGAGGGCAAAACAACGUACCAAGAACGUAUGCGACGAGAUAACGAAAUUGAAGAUUGGACAACUGGUAUUAAUGUUCCAGCUGAAGCCAUCCGUCCCCAUCAGGGCUCCCAUAAAUAUCCUUCCUAUAACAGCAAUAGUAAUCUUGAUAAAAAAAGAAGUAUCAUUCCAAAGAAAUCACGAUUUACACAACCAGAUACAGGGUCAAUGCAUUUUAAUUCCGUUGAAAGACCAGGCAGCACAAUCUGGAAGCAAUCAAAUACAGGAUCAAGAAUCUUUGGAAAUAGUAAUGCUAUUAAUACUGGAUCUGGAAUAAUUUCCCCUCGACCUACAGGGUCAAAUUCUGAAAAUAGUAGGAGCGUAACUGCAAGUCCUUUAUCGCGCCGAUCUUCACGAACAACUCGGUCAAGCAUUACACAGUCUUUACAAACCACGACAUCGUGUCCAUACGAAUUGUCACCGCAUGCAGUAAAACAACCUGCAGCAGAGUUUAUGCCUUUUGGUUUCAGUCUAGCUCACACUAUUUGUCUCGUUACUUGUUAUUCAGAGGGUGAAGAUGGAUUGCGUACCACAUUGGAUUCCAUUGCCACGACAGAUUAUCCUAAUUCACACAAGUUGAUUUUAGUUAUUGCAGACGGUAUCAUUACUGGACAUGGUAAUGCAAUGUCUACUCCUGAUAUUUGUGUUUCAAUGAUGCAUGAUUUCCUUGUCGAGCCAGCUAAUGUGGAGGCAUGUUCUUAUGUGGCUAUUGCUGACGGUACCAAGAGACAUAACAUGGCUAAAGUCUAUGCAGGAUACUACCGCUAUAAUGACAAUACGGUCGAUCGCGAUUCUCAACAGCGCGUACCCAUGAUAACCAUUGUCAAAUGUGGUACCCCGGAAGAGAGAGAGAAAGAAUCAAAACCGGGUAAUCGUGGUAAACGAGAUGGACAGGUGAUCCUCAUGUCAUUUUUACAAAAGGUCAUGUUUGACGAAAGAAUGACCGAAUUGGAAUACGAGUUCUUUACCAAUGUUUGGCGUAUCGCCGGUGUCAGCCCUGAUAAAUAUGAAAUUGUCUUGAUGGUGGAUGCUGAUACCAAAGUGUAUCCUGACGCAUUGUCCCGUCUUAUUAGCUGUAUGGUCAACGAUUCAGAAGUAAUGGGUCUUUGUGGCGAGACAAAGAUUGGUAAUAAAACUGAUAGUUGGGUGUCAAUGAUACAAGUUUUUGAAUAUUAUAUCUCUCAUCAUCAGUCCAAAGCUUUCGAAUCUAUUUUUGGUAAUGUUACUUGUUUACCAGGAUGUUUCUGUAUGUAUCGUAUCAAGGCACCUAAAGGAAAUAAUGGUCAUUGGGUUCCAAUUCUAGCCAAUCCUGAUAUCAUUGAACAUUAUUCUGAAAAUGUUGUGGAUACACUUCAUAAGAAAAAUCUGUUAUUACUUGGUGAGGAUCGUUAUUUAUCAACGCUCAUGUUGAAGACAUUUCCCAGAAGAAAAAUGUUGUUUGUCCCUCAAGCUGUGUGUAAAACCGUAGUACCGGACUCCUUUGCGGUUCUGCUCUCUCAAAGAAGACGAUGGAUUAACUCUACCAUUCAUAAUUUAAUGGAAUUAGUGUUUGUACGCGAUCUGUGCGGUACAUUUUGUUUCUCCAUGCAGUUUGUUGUAUUUAUGGAAUUAGUGGGUACAUUGGCGUUACCUGCAGCUAUUUCUUUUACAUUGUAUCUUAUCAUUUUGGCUUGUAUUGGUCAGCCUGCGGUCCUAUCCCUGAUUUUGCUCGCACUCAUUCUGGGUCUUCCUGCAGUUUUGAUCUUAAUGACAAGUAGAAAACUAGUCUACGUCGGUUGGAUGCUCAUUUAUUUAGUCAGUUUACCAAUCUGGAAUUUCGUGCUUCCAUCUUACGCUUACUGGCAUUUUGAUGAUUUUACGUGGGGAGAAACACGUAAGGUAGAAGGCGAAGGCAAAGAUAAUCACGGUGACAAGGAUGGUGAAUUUGACUCUUCUCAAAUUGUCAUGAAGAAAUGGGCUGACUUCGAAAGAGACAGAAAAAUGAGGGAAGAAGACGAAAGAUCAAGGGCUUUGGUACAGCAACAUUUGUCCACCCCCUUAUCCAGAUGGUCGCCUUAUUCGAGGUUAACGCCUAAUUCUACAGAUCUAUCUCUUGAAAUAGAUAACUCUACAUUGUCAACUUUAAUUGGAUCAACCUUAGGGAACAAUUCACCCAGAAUAGGAGUAUCCAAUAAUCAACCCCCUAUCCCUACAUCUUCAAGACGUAGAGAGCGACCCACUUAUGAUGGUAAUUCAAAUAAUGAAGGUGAAGACGAAGAUGAUGAAGACGAGCUUGAUGAAGAUGGUGAAGAUGAAGAGGAGGACGAUGACGACAGAUCGUCCGUUUUAUCCGAAGAAGAAUCUAUUCAUGUAAGACAAUGGAGAAGAAGUCUUGAUAUUCUUGGUGAAGCAGGUCCCUCAUCAUUUGAUAUUGAUUUACCAAUGAUCACAAAAGAUGACGAGUCUGAAGACGACUGGCAAGCAAACAUUAUGGAUUCGUUCAAGAAGAAAAAAACAGACAAGGAGGAAUCCCCUAGUCACAAAGAUAAAGCUGACUCUAUUGCAGACAGUAAAGCUUCCAUUUCUGAUAAAGAAGAGUAAUCACAC